AUAUGUUUUGGCAAUUUUAAAAUAUAAAAAAAAACCCAGCCUCCCAAUUUUUUUAUUCCCUUUUCCUUUCUUUUUCCAAUUUCCCUUUGGCCGUCCGCCCCGUCUGUAAAUUGCUAAUACCAAAUCUGAAUUCCCCGGAUCGACGAUUGGACCAGCACUGGCCGCAGGUGAGGUUCGACCCUCGGUGGUUCACUUUAAUGACUGUCCGAAUUUCCUCGGCCGCCGUCCUUUCGACAGGAAAAUACAGGACAAAUAGUUUUUUUUUUUAAAUCAAUUUUACCGUUUUUUCAACGUUCAACUGCUCUUCCUGCGAAACCCGGCUGUGAUAUUCGUUUCUUUUAACCGGACGGCUGAAAUGUUAAUAGUCCGCCCUCUCUGAGGACCUUAGUCUCGCCUUCGGUGCGUUUAUUUCCGUUUUCAUAGUGCUCAAGAAGUAAUGCCUCUUUUAGUCGCAUCAAAUGAUCAGCCCAUAAGAAACACAUCAAAACUAGACAGGUUUAUGCCUAACAACUCGAUAGAUAUUCCAAAACAUGUUGCGGACAUGGUUAUACAGCAGAACUCGCCCGUUAAAGCGAGGAAGGCGAAAAGGAUACGAUUUUUUGCAAACGGGGACAGGUUUAGCAAAGGCGUUGUCAUAGCAAUAACUCCGGAGAGGUACAGGUCUUUCGACAGCCUGCUGAACGAACUCACAAGAUCUCUCUCCAACAAUGUCAAUUUAGCAACCGGAGUCAGAGUGAUAUUUACAAUGGACGGAAGGAAGAUUUAUAACCUUGAAGAACUCGAGGAUGGAAAGUUGUAUGUCUGCUCCGGCCAAGGCGAGUCCUUCAAAAAGGUCGACUACACAUCAUCUCUACCUCACCCACCAAAACUAAAACCCGCAAGAUCUUUUACACGCCUCACGUCUGCCAACGUCCAGAACUUAGUACUUAAAGGGACCAACUCAACGGUUCAUCCGAGAAUAAUUAUCGUAAUAAGAAACGGAAACAGGCCGAGGAAAGUUUUUAGGCUUUUGCUGAGCAAAAGAAACGCUCCUUCCUUUGACCACGCUUUAUCUAGCAUUACAGAUCUAGUAAAACUUGACACAGGUGCUGUUAGGAAAAUAUACUCAGCGCAGGGGCUUCAAAUAACAAACCUAGAUGAAUUUUUUGAUUCGGAUGAUAUCUUCUUCGCAUACGGUUCAGAAAGGCUGAAUAUGGACGAUUUUGAAUUAGAUUACGAAGAGCUAAAAUCUGUCCAGUCGAUUGCUAAAGGUCUGCGCAAAAAUGGAGAGUUAAAAUCUGGAACUUACAGCAUUGACAAAUUUGGUAAAGGGAUUCCAAAGCUUCCAAAUAAGACCAAAGCUCUGAAGGAACAAAAAAGGCCCGACUCCUCGUCGAACAUCUCAUCGAGAGUCUUGGCAAAAUACAACGUCGGUCAGGUGAUCGGUGAUGGAAAUUUUGCCAUCGUUAGAAAAUGCACUGAAAAGAGCAAGAAUUUGGAAUACGCUUUGAAAAUAAUUGAUAAAUCAAAAUGUGUUGGGAAAGAGCAGAUGAUAGAAAAUGAAGUUGCAAUUCUCAGGAUUGUGAAACAUCCCAAUAUAAUACAGCUGGUGGCAGAAUAUGACACCCCAACUGAGCUCUACUUGGUUAUGGAAUUAGUUAAGGGUGGAGAUUUGUUUGAUGCAAUAUCCAGGGCUGUGAAAUUCCCAGAGUCAGAUGCUCAAAUAAUGACACAGAACCUUGCAUCAGCUCUGGCAUAUUUGCACGAGCAGAGCAUCGUUCACAGAGACAUAAAGCCAGAAAACUUAUUAGUUGAAAUGGAAGGCGACAGGUUGAAGACGUUGAAAGUCGGGGAUUUUGGGCUGGCGCAGAAAGUGACAGGACCUCUCUGCACCAUCUGCGGCACGCCGACGUAUGUUGCACCUGAAAUACUCACUGAAAACGGCUACGGCCUCGAGAUCGAUGUCUGGGCGAUGGGCGUCAUCCUGUACAUAAUGCUCUGUGGCUUUCCUCCCUUUGUCAGCGCCAACAACAACCAAGAAGAACUCUUUGACGACAUCCUCAGCGGACAGUACGGCUUUCCAGCGCCAUACUGGGAUGACGUGUCUGAUCUUGCCAAGGACCUUAUAUCUCACAUGCUCCAGUCAAACCCUCAGCUCAGGUUCACAGCGGAAGAUGUCCUUGACCAUCCCUGGUUUGAGACUUCAGACAAUUAGCAUUUCCGGAAUAAACGAUUUUGUGUUUAAACCAAUUUUUUUUUUUUUUUUUUCAA